AUGCGAAAGUACAGCCUCAAGAAAGACUUCUUUAGUGAUCUUAUUGCUGGACUCACAGUUGGCAUCAUGCACAUACCCCAAGGUAUGGCAUAUGGUUUGCUUGCUCAGUUGCCUCCUAUCCAUGGUCUGUAUGUGUCCUUCUUCCCGGUGUUAAUUUACUUCUUUUUUGGAACGUCUAAACAUGUUUCUGUUGGUACAUUUGCUGUUGUCUGUCUGAUGGUUGGGGCAGUGGUUGACAAAGGUUAUUCUCAAUAUAGGAGCCAUGAAAAUGUAGACUUAGUCACCAAUACCUCUACCACAACUACCACAACCACUACGCUAAUGACCAGUGGGACAUUAUUCACAAAUGCUAUGAACAGUUCUACCACAAUGUCUACUCCAAGUACAGAUGCUGAUACAAUAAAACUUGGAUUUGCUAUGGCUGUCACUUUCCUUGUUGGAUGCAUACAGUUGCUUAUGGGUGUCUUCCGCCUGGGCUUUGUAACCACAUUCUUGUCUGAUCCUUUGGUUAGUGGUUUUACUACAGGAGCUGCUUGUCAUGUAUUCACCAGCCAAAUCAAGCACAUCUUUGGAAUCCAAAUGGGCCGUUACUCUGGACCUUUUAAACUCAUUUACUCAUAUAUUGAUGUCUUUAGCAACAUUUCUCAAACGAAUUUGGUUACUUUUGGAAUGUCUGCUGUUUCUGUUUUAAUCAUUGCCUUGGUGAAGGAACUCAUCAAUAACAACCCAAAAAUAAAGCCGAAAUUGAAAAUGCCUGUGCCUAUUGAACUUGUAAUGGUUAUCCUUGGAACUGUGAUCUCAUACUUUCUUAAACUUAAUGAUUCCCACCAUGUACGCAUUGUCGGAAAAAUUGCUACUGGAAUCCCUACCCCGUUACCUCCUCCUUUCAGUCUUCUCAGGGAGGUUGUCACUGAUGCAAUUGCAAUUGCCAUUGUUGCCUUCGCCAUUAAUGUAUCCAUGUGCAAGAUCCUUGCAAAGAAACAUGAUUAUGAAAUCGACCCCAAUCAGGAAUUGCUUGCUUAUGCCUUUUGCAACAUCUUCAGUUCCUUCUUCUCUGCUUUCUGCAGUGCAGUCUCUCUCUCCAGAAGUUUAGUUCAAGAGAAUGCUGGUGCCAGAACUCAGGUGACAGGCUUGGUCUCGUCUAUAUUGAUCCUCAUUGUACUCCUUGUAGUAGGUCCAUUAUUUGAGACUCUACCAAAUUGUGUUUUGGCAGCUAUAAUUAUUGUAGCAUUGAAAGGAAUGUUCAAGCAAUUCACAGAACUACGAAGGCUUUGGGGCAUUUCUAAAAUUGAUUUUGCUAUAUGGUUGGUUGCAUUCCUUGGUACUGCAUUGUUGGAUGUGGACUAUGGGCUUGGAGUUGGUGUAGGGUUUUCCCUUAUCACUGUCCUUGGUCGUUCUUCAAGACCCUACUCUUGUUUGCUCGGUCAGAUGCCCAAUACUGACAUCUACAGAGAUAUUUCUGUGUAUAGAUCGGCUUCAGAAAUUCCUGGAAUUAAGAUUUUUCGCUUUGAUUCUUCACUCUACUUUGCAAAUUGUGAGAAUUUCCGCAGCCGUUUGUAUGAGCUAACAGGUGUAAAUCCACGUAAAUUAAAGAAAAAGCAACAAAAGGCAGAAAAGAAAAAGAAAAAAAUGGUAGAAUCAGGCAGUGCCAAUGGAUUGCAUGACAUACCCAGUACCACUGUCAAAGCAAUCAUUAUUGAUUGCUCAAGUUGGAGCUAUUUGGAUUCUGUUGGUGUGAAAGUUUUGUCACAGGUCAUUUCUGAAUAUGAUGCAGUUGAUGUACGGGUGUUGUUGGCACAUUGUAAGGCUGGCAUUCGUGAGAUGUUAGUGAAAGCUGGUUUCUACAAUAAUGCUGACCGUUAUUGUCUCUUCGUUACUAUUCAUGAUGCUGUUCUCUCAUUCGUUCAUCCAACAUUUCGGCCACUUGGUUUAGUAAGAGAAGAAAAGAAAUCUGAACCAACCACAUCACAAUUUGAAGAUGGUCAACCAGGUCAGCAGUUGACAGAGUCAGUGUGA